AUGUUCAGUGGAACAUUAAGGCACCUCUUUGGUGCAUAUGCAGCCCUUCUUUUUCUACAGAUCAUAGCCAUCCACCAUAGCUGCAGCGCUAGAAAGAACAGCAAUUACUGCUCUCCUUCUUCCUGUGGCAACAUCCAUAAUAUCAGCUACCCUUUUCGAUUAAACACCGAUCCCAAAAGCUGCGGCCACCAAAGUUAUGAACUUGUUUGUGAAAACAAUCGUCCAACUUUAUACUUGAAGACGGUGAAAUAUUAUGUUCAGGCGAUCGAAUACAGUAACUUCACGGUUCGACUUGUGGAAGCUGCUGUUCAGAAGGAUGAUUGCUUCUCCAUACCUCAUCGAUCUCUUAUCGCAUAUGAUAAUUACAUCAGCUACAGGAACUAUCUUCCAUAUAACUUUGGGUUCGAUAACCUUCGCACCGACUUUAUGACCUUUAGAUUAACUUUUAUUACUUGCGAAAAUCCAGUACUGAGUCCUCCAGACUAUAUAGUGGAUGCUUCUUCUUGCAAAAAUGAAAAUUCUACUGCAUAUAAUUCUACGUUCAGCUCCCGCAAUGCGGAAGGUUACUCCUAUGUCUUGGUUGCUGCCGACUUGCUGAAGGUACCGGACUUAUGCCGUAUAAAUUUGAUCUAUUCUGCCCCUGGAUCUGUUAUGCCAGAAAACAUGACCAAUAUUUCCUACAGAGAUGUCCAUGAUAUUUUGUUAUAUGGAUUUGAGCUUUCAUGGUACUCAGCUUGUUGUGAUUCUGUCAAUGAGAUCCAGUAAUGCAACUAUGAUAGUACAUAUUGUGAUUCA